AGGCAUGAUGGGACUGCUCAGUUCACUCUGAAAUCUGAGGACUCACUUGAUCUCUCCGGCAAGGCUACGAUCAUGACACCCAUGGUUCAUCUGUUGUUGCUCCCACUCCUGAUCAGCAUUGCUGCUGGGAAGGAUCUAGAGGAGAAGAAGGGCCCGUUUGAGAACACACAGCUGGAUGUGCCAGAGGGAACAGCAGUGCCAUAUCCUGUGCAUCAGUUUCAGGUGACCCAUCCAGGUGUUAAUGGUUUCAGGGUGAGCGGAGAAGGUCGUGAAGACAUCAAGAUUUCAAAUGAUGGGUGGCUGUACCUGGAGAGGUCUCUGGACUGGUCUCAAGACAACCAUUACGCACUCUCUGUGGAGGCGUUGGUAGAUGAUGAGGUUGUGGAAGGCCCAAUUUCCGUGACCAUACAUGUGUUGGAUGUCAACAACAACGCUCCAACCUUCGACCAGAAUAUCUACACAGCUGUGGUCAGAGAACACAGUCCAGCAGGUGCCCCAUUUAUCCACGUGUCUGCAUCUGAUCGGGAUGACCCACAGACCCCCAAUGCUCAUCUGAGUUACAGCCUGGUCAGCCAGAUCCCCAACAAAAACAAUGUCCUGCUGUUCCAGAUCAACUCUGAGACUGGAGAGAUCUCCACCACAGAGGAAGGGAGACAGAUGCUGAAGGCCAGAGAAGGCAUCCAUUAUGGCAAAGGAGAAGAUCGGAGCAUUGACGCUCUGAAGACAAAGUUUAACGACUACUGUCCAGUGCAGAAUAUCCCCUAUGAAGAAAACCCCUUCUUCACCUGUGUGGAGAGAGCAGAACUGAGGAGGAGGAAUGUGGACCCCCUGGAGGACCCAGACUACACCCUGAUUGUACGUGUGCAGGACAUGGGAGGCGUGUCAGAGACCGCGUUGAGUGGAAACGCCAGAGUACAGAUUGUCGUGCAGCAGAACCUGUGGGUCAAUCCUGGACCGAUAAUUGUGCAAGAAAACUUACGUGAAACGUACCCAGUGGUCAUUGCAAAGGUCCAGUCAAAUGACCCUGACGCCAUUUACACGUUAGUGCAGAAAGAGCGAGAGCUGAAAUUCCCCUUCCAGAUCACAGAAGACGGAGAAAUCCAUCUGACAGAGGAGCUCGACAGAGAAGACAAACCCAUGUACAUCCUGGUGGUGUUGGCAAAGGAUAACAUUGGCAGAGAUGUGGACCCACCCAUGGAGAUUCAAGUGUUGGUAGAGGAUGUGAAUGACAACGCACCAAUAUGUCAAGAAGAGGAGAGUGUAUUCGAGUUGCAGGAGGGUGAACCUGUAGGCAGCCUGGUAGGACAGGUGAUGGCCCAUGACGCCGAUGACGAAGGGACACUGAACUCUCAGCUGACUUACUCCUUCCAGGAUCCAGACUCUGUAGCCAAUGUCUUCUCCAUUGAAGCUGCUUCUGGAAGAAUUCAGGCUUUGCGCUCACUGCAGCGAAGAGAAAAGCAAAUGUAUAACUUCAAUGUCAUAGUCAGCGACCCAGUUUUCACCACAGAGUGUAAGGUCGUCAUCAAGGUCAUCGACGUCAACAAUGAGUUGCCUCUGUUUGCAAAGAGCGAGUAUGGCGAUGUCAGUCUAGCAGAGGACACUCCUUUAGGACACACAGUGCUGACGAUCAAAGCAACAGACGCUGAUGAUCCAGACAGUGGCAGCUCCCGUAUCGAGUUCCACAUCACUGCUGGUAACGAUGAUGGUGUUUUCACUGUGGAAACCGAUGGCAAAGGCACUGGCCAUGUGGUCAUAGCUAAGCCCCUAGACUUUGAAUCCUCUUCCAACUACAAGCUCCAGAUUGAUGCUCGUAACCCAGAGCCGCUCAUGAAAGGUCUGGAGUAUGGCAGUGAAUCCUCGGCCUUCGUCUCUGUGUCUCUCACCGACAUAGACGAGGCUCCAGAGUUCAGUGUGGACAUCAUGGAAGUGACUGUGCCUGAAAACACCACAAAGGGAUCGGUGCUGCUCACUAUGGAGGCGAAGGAUCCAGAGGGCAAAGAGAUUGGUUAUAAGUUGGACGGUGACACUCAGGGCUGGCUGGAGAUCGAUGCUGCCACAGGAGAGAUCAAGACCAAAGAGAAGCUGGACAGAGAAACCGUGGAGGCUUUCAAAGUCACUGUCACUGCAUUUGAGAAGGAGAACCCAGAAAAGUCUUCCGAGCGUGAAGUGACUGUGAGGCUGCUGGAUGUGAAUGAUAACUUCCCAGUACUGAUAGAGAAACAGGCCUUCAUCUGUGUGAAGAAACCCGAACCUGUCAUCAUCAAGGCUCAAGAUGCAGAUAGCGAACCCUUCUCCCAGCCUUUCACCUUCUCCAUGGGUAACAAGAAAUCUUCCAACUGGGACCUGCAGAGUAUCGACGCUACAUCAGCUAAACUGAUCCUGAAGAGAAAGCCAACGGAAGAUCGAACCUUCUCACUCGCAAUUACCGUUAAAGACAAUGCAGGGGUGGGAACCCAACACUCGUUUGAAGUGAGAGUAUGUAACUGCACAGAGCUGGGCUACUGCUACAUGGAACCAGAAGCAAAAGGUUUUAGUUUUGGAAUGGGGCCCACCAUUGGGAUCCUGGCUGGUACUCUGGGAUUCUGCGCUAUUGUGUUCAUCGUAGUGAUCAAACGUGUUAAAAAAGGAGAUAAGAAGAAAGUCCAGAGUGACGAGGAAGAGAGGAACAUGAUGUAAAAAUGACAUGCACACAUAUUUGUACUUCUAUACAUGUGAGAAUCCUCACUGAUAUUGUUUUUUUUUUCAUAUUUGGCCCCAAACAACAUAAAAAUUAGAUUUCUAGACUAACUAGCUCCCUUUUUCUGUCAAUCUAAGUGCAUUUUCAUCUAAAAUAAAGUAAUAAAUGAAAUAAAUUAAUAAACAAACCAGACCAAGGCUUUCCAACAAUCUCUCUCUCUCUCUAAAUUAACUCUAAGGUAGAUGUACACACACACCCAGUUACAUUUACUUUAGUUUAUUGUAUUUACAAGAAAGAGUUGAGCUUGAUUAUUAAGUGUAGCGAAUACUUAAUUAUACUGUGAGGUGGCCCCAUGCUAAUGGGGCAUUUGUAAAGCUUGUUAACAUAAUUUAUUUCAAUUUCACCCCCCAGAAUCAGGUCGUUUCAUUAGCAGCUUCAUCAUCUUACAUAAUUCAAUUAGUCUUUUUCUUGGUCAUGAGCUUGUUUUGUCAUUAUCCUCUUCUUGAAUUCAGUAGUUAACUAUUGAAUGCUGUGGAACAGCUGUGAAUAUCUUUAAUAUUAAGAAACAUCUUAAAUAUACAGCGUAACGUCAAUGUUGUGUAAUUAAAUACUGUUUUGUAAGAAGCUCAGCUCUGUUUCCCAAUAAACAAAGAAACUGGA